AGAGAGAGAGAGAGAGGUGGGGGAGGGUCACGUGUGUACACACGGUAGAGUUCAGCACGGCGCUCGAGCGCGUAGUAAAGUCGCGAGCGUCCUCCCACAGGACUGUUUUUAUUUUACACAACAAGAUCCGUACGGGACAAAACAUACAAUCCGAAACUGCCACCGUUUGUGACGUUAUUUACAGCAAACACACGCCGUAACGGACUUGUGGGAAACUCUGUUUCGGAACAUGGGAGUUGUGUGAAGAGUUACAGAGGAGAAAUGACAGUGGACGUAAAGCAGGACCCAAUGCCUCCAUAGGUGCAGAAAACAGUCCUGUUGUCGAUCCAGUGAGUCGAAGUGGAACGCGGUGAGAGGAACGCUGUGUGAGGUGUGUUCACUUCGCCAUGUGGAGCUGCAUGGUUUAUAAUGAGACGGAAGGCAGCACAGACCUGGCUGUUUGCUGGGACUUGGGCCUCGCUCUGUCCAUCUUCUCUUUCUUUUACCUCAUCGUGUGCUUCCCUGUGGGGUUGUGCUACAACGUUCUGUUGGUGGCAGUCAACCUCUCCAAUAAGAUGUCCAUGACCAUGCCGGAUGUGUAUUUUGUGAACAUGGCCAUCGCAGGGCUGGUGUUGAACCUGGUGGCUCCGGUCGAGCUCCUGGGCCCGGAUUUCACUCGCUGGCCUGCAUGGGAGCAUAACGAUGAGGUGUACAUCACGCUCCUCAUCUUGUUCAACAUCUCCUCCCUGGUCAUCAUGUACUCAACAGCGCUGCUCAGCCUAGAUUACUACAUAGAGUGGGCGCUGCCACGCACCUACAUGUCUAGUGUUUACAACACCAAACACGUGUGCGGCUUCAUCUGGGGCGGCGCCGUGCUCACUAGCUUCUCCUCGCUCCUCUUCUACGUGUGCAACCACGUGUCGGCGAAGAUCCUCGAGUGCUCCAAGAUGCAGAACAAAGAGGCAGCGGACGCCAUCAUGACGCUCAUCGGGUACGCCGUGCCGGCAGCCGCCGUGCUCUAUGCCCUCUGCCUCAUCCUGCGCAUCCGCAAGGAGACCACGCCCUUGGACCAGGACUCGGGAAGGAUGGAUCCUUCAAUCCACAGGCUGCUCCUGGCCUGCGUGGGCGUGCAGUUCGUCCUCUGGACGCCGUACUACACCACGCUGCUUCUGCUGACGGUCGUGGACGUGCCUCGGAUGCAAACCGCCGGCACCUACGCCUUCCUGAGAGGCUUUUCGCAGCUGCUCGCCUUCUCCAGCAGCUUCGCCAUGCCGCUCAUGUACCGGAAGAUGAACAAAAACUUUGCUCACAAGCUCCAGAGACUGCUGAGGAGGCUGCAUUGUGGCAAGCAGUCGUGUCCUCACGAACACUCUGUCAUACAGCAGGUGAUCACGUGAGGAUCCGGUGACCGGGGCUUUGCUGCUCUUUAAUGGCACUUGUGCACAAACCACAUGCCGCUGUGAAACUGUGAAACUCUGGAAACUCUUAUUAACCAGUUUGUCUUUGUCAUGUCACGUCUGUUCACCAAGUGUGAUGAAGAAAACCCAUGGGUCUAGUAGAACUCUCUGGAAGGAAACCUUGAUCUCAGAUCUGGCAGCAGUCUGUUACAGGACAUUACACAGCCUUGUCUUUUGUUGUUGCUGCUGUUUUUUUUGUGACCAACUUGAACUCAUUGGACUGAAAGCUACAUCCUGAUUGAUGCUAACGCUACACACAGUGCUUUGUUUUUUGAGCAUCAUCGUGUCACUUUCCAAAGCACAGUUUAUUAUUAUUAUUAUUAUUAUUAUUAUUAAUAUUAUAAAUACCUUAGAUUAAUACAAGCCAACAAACAUGACAAGGGAUUAGGCUGUGUAGUGAACACCCAGAUGUAUCUCAGACAGCUGAGUGUGUGUGCGUGAGUGUGUGUGUGUGUGUGUGUGUGUGUGUGUGUGUGUGCUCUCUCAUCCUUACUUCCUCCUCAUCUUAGCCAAUCUUUCUGCAGCUGAAAUCGAAUCGUCAGUUUGUUAAACUAAAUGCAGUGGAAUUAUAAAAAAGGCUGUAUCCUGAAUAUCGCAGCUACGUCCUGUCCUGAGCUCAGCCCGUGUUCUUUAUUCUCAACAGUCACCGAAGGCGGAGUAGAAACAACUCCUUCAAAGCUAUUUCAUGUCAUUUUGUCAAUCUGACAGAAACGGGUAUAUAAAAAAAAUACAUAAAAAAUAAAAAAAACAGUGCUAACACUUGAGCGUCUCUCAAGUGAUUAUCAGCGUUUAUUCCUGGUGAACAAAUUUACAUGAUUCAUCAAUAAUAAAAAAGACGCUGCAGGAAAGCCGGCAUUCGACCCGAGUUAAUAAUUAUUUCACUGGGACCAAAGUCUCAUUGAUUCUAGUGGAAUAUUUUAAGAGCAAAUAUUGGCCAGUUUUAACAUCAGUGGCCUCAAUAGACAGUAAAGUCGAAAGGAUUCUUACUCAUACGUUAAAGACCCACACGACACAAAGCCGAGCGCUUUCGUCACCGGGACACUGCUAACGUUUAACCAGCAUGAAGCUCAGUCAUGUUCCUGAUCUCCUCGGGCUUGAGCCCAUGAAUUUUUACUAAAAAAGAAUCUAUAAAUUUAUUUUUUGAAACAAAGUACUGUAUGUGACUUGACAGAAAUCGUGUAUCAUAAAAUCCAUUUUCCGUAAGCAGAGGAAAGAAUAUAUUUAUAUCUAGUUAUCUAACCUUUAAACGAUUAAACAGUGAUCGUAAAGCUAUGGUCAUUACUAGCGUGUUUACACCGGUCUAAAUGUAUAUAUGAAAUAUAUGUGUAUAUAUUGUAUUGCAGAUUUUACAGGAAUACACAACAUUUCAGAAUGACAGUAUUGUUUCUCAGAGAUUUAUGUAGUUACUGUUGAGUCAAAUAUAAUAAACUAACAUGAAUAUUACAAA